AUGGCAGCCAAUAAAGCUGACUGGGCAUCAUUACAGAACCUACAAAAAGUACUAGCAGAUACUAUGGUCACAGCUAGCAAUGAUCCAAUACCUAAGAUUCUACCUACACAUUUUUCGGCACAGUCGGCAAUUAUUGCAUCAAUGCUUUGGUCUAAGUUAUCAUACGAUGCUACUGAGACUAUGGCUACUUUCUUCAGCCACUAUCCUGAGCUUAAUUAUGUCACAGAGUCAUGUAUGCAGGCGAGCGUGCCAACAUUGAAACGAAACGCUCUGCUCUAUGUCGUUAUAUGCAUUCAGCCUGUCAUGAUAUUUAUAUUCAUGAUCAUUCGAUACCGUUUAAGACAUAUUCCGAUAUCAAAUAAAUUCGGACUGGUAUCCUUACUUGCGGGGAUUGAUCCGAACAGUGUCAGACUCCUAAAAUGUGCUAGCUUCAGUGGUAUCUCGAACGCUCCAAUCGGAGUUACCAUUAGCGUCGUUGAAGAUGGUGAAGUAGACGAGCAUCGCUCUGGGCAUUUAGAUAAAAAUUAA